AUGCGUCCUAACCACCAAACUCCCAUCCGAAUCGGCAACGUCUCCGGCGCCACAGGCGACCACCCGCACGCGAUGUCGCGCAUGCUCCGCUCCGGGAGCGUCGACGUGAUCACGGGCGAUUGGCUCUCGGAGAUGAACAUCGCAUGGAACGCGAUCGAAAAGCAAGAGAUUGAUGCCGAGCUAGGGUACGAGAACGGGUUCUUCGAGCAACUGGACGAGUGUUUAGAUGGGAUCAUGCAGAAAGACGUGAAAGUCGUUACGAAUGCGGGGGCACUGAAUACAGCCGCCCUCUUUGAAAAGGUGAAAGACCUGUGCGAGAGAAGGGGGUACCGCGAUUGUGUGGUGGCAAUGGUUCUGGGGGAUGAUCUGUCGGAGUUGGUCAAGAGUGAGAAAGGAAUAGGGAAUAUUGUCCAUUUGGACGAUCCGACUAUGAAGCUGGAGAAAUGGGAUUUUGAGCCGUGCUGCGCGACGGCGUAUAUUGGGUGCUGGGGUAUUGUGGAGGCGCUGAGGUCUGGGGCUCAGAUUGUCAUCUGUGGGAGAUGUACUGAUGCUUCGCCAGUCAUGGGCACUGCGGCGUGGUGGCAUGGCUGGGGGGAGGAGCAGUACGCCGAACUGGCUGGAUCGCUAGUCGCUGCGCAUCUGAUUGAAUGCGGGCCGUAUGUUGUUGGCGCGAACUUCUCGGGCUUCAAGGAUUUCAUGCCGGGGCUUGUUGAUCUGGGGUUUCCGGUGGCCGAGAUCGAUGCAUCUGGAUGCUGUGUGAUUGGAAAAACGAGCGAGGGAGGAGGGCAUGUGUCGAAGGAAACGGUGACUGCGCAGCUACUAUAUGAGCUGCAGGGCCAUUUGUACUUGAACCCAGACGUCGUGGCGGACUUGUCGGAUGUCACCGUUGAGCAGCAGCCGGGGAAAGGGAACCGUGUGAGGGUGCAGGGCGUGAAAGGUCUGCCACGGCCGUCUACCACCAAGAUCAUGGUUGCAGCGAAGGGCGGCUUCCAGGCCGAGGCGACGUUCUAUAUCAACGGUCUAGACGUGGAGGAGAAAGCCGCAAUGAUGGAGGCACAAUUGGCGCAUAUCUUCCAAGACAGCAACUUCAGCAAAUUAAACAUUGAGCUGCUGGGCACUGCAGCUUCAAAUCCCCAAUCGCAACAGUCCGGUACCGUCUCACUGAGGGUUUUUGCGCAGGCUCGGCGGAAAGAAGACAUCGACGAGAAAAAUUUCAAAGUGCCCAUCUACGCGUUGAGGAUGCAGAGCUACCCUGGCUAUCACAUGAACCUCGAUUUCCGAACCAUGUCGCCCAGACCGUUCAUGGAGAUGUUCCCCGGGCUGAUCCCCAUUUCCGAGAUCGACCAUCGUGUGCAGAUGAGCACAGGGAAUAUCUUGCAUAUUGAUCCACCGGAGUGUGGCACUUCCGUAUACCCUGUCGUCUGGCCCUCAUCGGAUACUGCUCAUCCCGUUGACGUCCUUGCCUUUGGGCCCACCGAGCUUGCACCUCUGGGGAGUAUUGCCCAUGCCCGAUCUGGUGACAAGGGCGACAAUUCCAACAUUGGAUUCUUUGUCCGUCAUGAGGACGAGUAUGACUGGCUUCGUUCAGUAUUGAAUGUUUCCAGAUUGAAACAGUUGCUAGGCGAUGAUUGGUUUAGAGGCAACCCUCAGCGUCGAGUCGAGCGAGUGGAGUUUCCUAAGAUUAAUGCACUACAUUUGUGGGUUCCCCCUUAG